CCGUAUGGACUCAAAUUUUUGAGUCCAGUCCAGUCCAUGGACUAAAAAAGUCUAGUCCAGUCCAGUCCGAGUCCAUGAAAUCCAAAAAAUCUGAGUCCAGUCCAGUCCACAUGGACUGGACUGGACUGGGCUAUGGACUCAGUCCAGUCCAUACGGAGCUCUGUGAUGUACAUUAAAUGCGGAUUCUAUAGCAGAAAGAGCGAUCCUUAGUUCGUCACCCUCGCUCUUCUACGUAUGCUUUAAUCAUGAGUACUCGUUCUCAACGAAUUUCCAGAACCAUACGAUAGUUAAGCUUCAUACUUUGGCUAGAUAAUCUACAGACACUGUAGAGUCUUUGAUGGGAAUUUGAGGUCAAAAUGAUGCUCCUAGAUUGAGUUAUGAAUUUUUUUCGCAAAGAACGCCGAAUUUUCAACAAAAAAAACGAUCCUCGCUCGUAAAAUAGCUGUAUUUCACUGGCCGUUAACAGCUAACUCACGAAAUUCAUACCAUAGAUAGGAUAGAGUCGUGGCUACAUUUGAGUAAAAAGAAAACGUUUUCAUCUAAGUGUACGACCCGAUUCCUAGAAAUAACUAAAGUGUUCUGGGGAUUCUUCCACCUUCAAAUCUUUUUGGUGUUAGUUUGUGGUUUACGACUAGCGUCGAGAAGAGCGGAGCACGGCAUAACUCGCACAGUCAAAUGUAUCUUUAUUAGAAAGUAGACAUCUGUUAUUGUGUUGGUAAACUAUCAUUUGUAGCAGUGAAGUGGAAUGUCCAUGACAGAACAGAUGAGAAAUGACGCUUCUAAAACAUGAAUGACGCAUUUUGAUGACCGACAUUAAUUUCACCUAUUUGGUAAUUUCAACUGUAGUAAUUUCACCUAUAGAUGAAAUUACCUGUAGGUGAAAUCAAUGUCGGUCGCGUUAAUUUACAUAUAUAUCAAUGAAAUACUUUAUAUUUUUACAUUUUAGCAUUAUAUUACCUGUUCUCAUUUUUUUUGUCGUUUUAAUAAGAACAACUUCGUUUUGUGACUUUUCUGUAUUCUCAGUGUGCGCCCAAAGGUAUGUUCAUCAGUAAAUAUAUUCAUAAAGAUCUUUGUUUCUCUUGGUACGAAUCAGACAUUUUUCAUCUACCUAGGUCAAAGAAUCUUGCUGUAGGAUCAUAUAAGAUUCUUGUACGAUUCCGUCUGAUUUCGUAAGAUUCGUAUAAGAAUAUGUAACAUUCUGUAAGAAACAUCGAAACUAAUUCCUGAUAUAAGAUCCUAUAGUAAGAUUUCAUCAGAUUUCGUAAAAUUCUUGUAUGAUUUUAUAAGAUGAAUCCAUUUCUAUGAUUCCAUAACAUCUUAUAAGAUCGUGUAAGAUCUUGAUCUGAUUUUUUGACCUGGGUAAGCAUACAUAAUUUCUAUUCAGAAGAUACUAUUAGGCCUUUUUCUAUUCAGUGGGUUUGAUUGCACCAAUUUUUCAUGUUCUACUGCCUUUCAAUUAUUGAACAAUUCAAGAACAAUCUUUACAGUGUGCAAAUAUGCAGAUAAGAGAGAGGAAUUAAAACUCCAGUCUUGAAUUUUACUGUCAACGAUAUUUUUCGCAUGUCGAACAAUUCAGAUGUAUCAUGCGCUGAAAAAUGUUAACGAGAUGUAUAUGACUCAAUCGUUUCUACCGUCUAAAGCUCUGUACUAACAACGAAUGGAAAAAAAGUUCGAAGUGCCCAGGUCAAAGAAUCGUACUAUGAUCGUAUCUGAAUCAGACAAAAUCGUACCAAAUCGUAUGAAAAUCAUAUAUGAAUCGUGGUAUCUGAUUUGUCCUCUGGAUCGUAUAAUAGGAUCGUACAAGAUCAUAUACGAUCAUACAACUUCGUAUGAAAUCGUACAGUACGGGCCAGACGACAAAUCAGGUACCACGAUUCGUAUGUAGAUCGUACAUAAUCGUAUAUGAUUUCGUACGAUUCGUAUACGAUCUUGUACGAUCAGAUAGUACGAUUCGUAUACGAUCUUGUACGAUCAGAUAGUACGAUUCAAUCACCUGGGUGAAUAAGUCAGACGCUUGAAACGACUUAUUUAUUAUUACACUUUAUACAACUGAAUUUUUUAUAGUGUAUUGGUAUAUUUCUUCUGUUAAUUGAAGACUGACAGUCUUCAAUUAGCUUAAAACGCAUGCAGUUACUCAGAAAAAACUUUUACUCAAAAAAUGCGUUACAUUACUGAAAAGAAAAUGUUAGUUACUCAGUAGACUCUCCACCCCGCACCAAAACUUCUAUCGAAAACGCUGUCGCCCGGUCCCGUGACUUUAGGAACUUAUGUCUGCGAACGACCUUCCAUGCAGUGUUUUUAAUAGGAAUUUUAAGCAAAAUGGGUUUUCACAGUUUACCACUGCAUUUUUCAUGUUUUCCCUGCUAAAAACAAGGUGAAAAUCGAGUUUUCAAAGUGGAAACCCAUUUUGUUCAAGCGAGACCCAUCGACUAACUUCUAGCGACAUCUAUCCACGAACUAGAAAAAAAUCUUUUUUCUCCCUACAUCAGUAGAUAUUUUCGCCAUCUUUCUGAAAAUUUUCUUUCUCUUGGUUAAAAAAAAUUUUCUAUUCUGCUCUCUUAUAAUUGGCUUAUCUAUGGCUUAUCUGACGGUUAUUUUUCCGUAUUUUGCGCACAGAUAUAGUCAGUGUUUCUAACAUUACGCGUACGCCUUUGUUCCAAAGCGUACGGUACGCGAACUAAAUUGAAAACACGCUUUGUAUUAACCAAUAGAAAAAGACAGAACGAUAAAAUCCACGAAUUACCACGCUUAUGUACGCGCUGCUCAAAAUUCUCAUUAGAAACCCUGGAUAUAAUAACGAUUUUGUAAGACUCGAGAGUAACGUAAAGUCAAGGGGAAAAAUUUUCGUGCUAUUUAUUGUUGAGUGCAACUGCAAAACUGGGCGAAAACUUGAGCUUCCUAAAACGACGUCGCAAAUCAGAGUGGCAACGGAAACAACUCAUGAGAUUUUUUUGCGUUUGGAACAGCGUCUGUAGAGAUUGUAGAUCACAUCAAACUUUUAGCGACAUAUUUCCGAUAGAAUGAUGAUAUUUAACGUGGAUACGACAAUAUUCUAUUUUCAAUCAUUCUCUUCUAGAUCAAAUGGCAACCAAUAGUCGAGGAGUAUAUCAUCAAAAGAUAUAUUUUUUAUUUUUCAUUCUUUUGUUUAAUCUAUUCUAUUUCAGAGAUAUGGACAACCACGAGAUAAAACUAUUCAAUUAUCUAAAGCCUUAUCAUGGUUACUACGUCAUGCCGUAGAAGAACAAGGUUUAACAUUUCAACCGGGUGGCUAUGUUUACGUGUCGGAUGUUUUAAAACAUCCAUCAUUUCAAUCUUAUACAUUAGAUGAUGUCCAUAAAUGUGUUGAAACAAAUGAAAAAAAACGUUUUGGAUUAAAGACAGAUGAACAAGGACAAGAAAUGAUUCGAGCACAUCAGGGACAUAGUAUAGAUGCUCACGUUGAUUUAAGAGAAAUAACGGAUCCUCAUGAAUUUCCUACAGUUGUACAUGGAACAUAUUUAAGACAUUGGCCAAACAUUGGUCAAGGGGGUCUAUCAAAAAUGAAUCGAACGCAUAUCCAUUUUGCUCCGGGUAUGCCAAGAGACUCAGGUGUUAUUAGUGGUAUGCGUUCAAGUGCACAAGUGUUUAUUACAAUCGAUAUGGAAAAGGCCAUGAACGAUGGCUAUAAAUUUUAUGUAUCAACCAAUAAUGUUAUAUUGUGUCCGGGAAAUUCUCAAGGAUAUUUACCAUCUGAGUAUUUUAAAAGUACCAUAGAUAAAAAUGGUAAACUUGUGUGA